AUGGAGCGCGGUUGCCGACCUCCCGAUAGAGCGCACUUCCAAAUUUUCAGAGCAAAGAACUCAUUUCGUGACCAAAAGAGCAAGCUUCCUGCUGCCAAUGAAAGUUGCGAGAGUUCCAAAGAGACUUCUCGUCUGGAGAGCAAGAAACAAGCGGAUCCAAAGGCUCCUCAGACUCCAGGUGGACAACCGAAAGUUAAUCAAAAAGCGAUGAUUGUGGUGAAACCAUGGGUCCAACGCGCUUUGGAUAUGGGCGUGCCGGCGUUGGUUGAAGAGUUCCGUGCACUUGCCAAGUACACUCCGGAAGGAAUGACAACCGAGGCAUUUAAUGCGAAUAAAGACAAGAAUAGAUACCAAGACGUCCCGUGUCAGGACAAGGGUCGUAUCGUCAUCAAGUUUCCCGGUCUCCAAUCAGACUACAUUCAUGCCAACUACCUUGGUACUGCCAAUAAUCCGAAGAAGUUCAUCUGUGCCCAGGGACCACUCGAAAACACUCAAUACUCAUUCUGGGCGAUGGCGAUUCAGGAGAAAGUGGAAUGCAUCAUUAUGCUGUGCAAUUGUAUCGAGAUGGCAAAGAUCAAAUGUCAUCAGUAUUGGCCGUUGGAGAAAGAUCAGAAGAUCUCGUUCGGGGAUGCUCCAAAUCAAAUUUUUGUCACGAAACUUGACGAAAAAAAGAUGUCGCCAGAGGAGCAAUGCAUCAAUGUGACAACUCUGAAAGUCGACUGUAAUGAGGGAUCCAGAACAAUUCAGCACUUGCAAUGGGAGAACUGGCCGGAUCGUGGAGUUCCACAGACUAAUCUGACUGCAAUUAAUCUUCUCUCCGCCACCCGUGGAAACCAGAAUCCGAUUCUUGUCCACUGUUCCGCAGGAAUCGGUCGUACUGGUACUAUUGUGGCCAUUGCUUAUGUUCAAGACAAGAUGAUGGCUGGGGAAGACUGCAUGGCGAUGAACGAGUUGCUCAAAGAGUUGAGAUCCCAUCGUCCAUGGUCGAUUCAGAAUGAAUUCCAAUACCUCUACCUUCAUCGCGUCCUUCUGGCAUAUUUCCUUGAGCGUCAUAAGGAAGCGUACGGCGAGUUGUUGGUUGGAGACAAUGCUACCAAGUAUCAAAAGUGGAUUGAGGAUUAUGCGAAGGCAACGAAUUCCAAGUGA